UUGAAGUGGCCUAGUUUAUUUGGUGUGUGAAAUGAAUCCAGUUUCCAGGAGCAGAUUCGGGAGCUGUCUCAAUGACAGCCAUGCUAAUAGGGGCUGCAGUUCCUAAUUACAUUUCUUCUGGCUAGGUUAAAAUUAGAAACUUUUAUAGCGGAGCUGGAAGUUCACUGAACUGACAGACGCUCCUUGGAUGCGGAGAUGCUCGUGGCCGCCCUCACAGUGGAGUUGACGCGCGCGCAGCGGAGGGAGAAGGUACGGUAGAAAACCCGAGGGGGGUUCAGAGGCAGAUCUGCGUGGGAAGACUGGGGACUCUUCCGACUGCGUUCUGGCUGUAGCUCGUUAAGCUGCAGAAAAUAACCAGAAACAGUUAAAAUCGGGGAGAUGGAGCCACUGAGGCGUCUGGGAUCAACGUUACAAGUGAAUUUAAUUUGUUCUAUCUUUAUAUGAUUGGGGUAGCACGCUGCUCCACGAGACCACGGGCAUGCACCAACAACAACAUCCAUGCAGUGGAACAAAAUGCUGACUCCAUAGGGUCUGAAAAUGAAUGCCUCCUUGUGUUGUGAUGCUGGAGUCAUCAUGUAUGAGCAGAGCUCAGGAUCUGACCUGAAUGCCAGCUGUGACUUGCCGGCUCCUCAUUGUAACUGGACUUCCGUGGACAGGGCCCUGCAGCUGCCUACCUUUUCCACUGCAGCUAAAGUCAGAGUGAUCAUAACUUUUAUCCUAUGUGGUAUAUCCACAUUUUGCAAUUUGGCUGUGCUUUGGGCAGCUAACGACCACAAGCGCAAAUCCCAUGUCCGUGUGCUGAUAGUGAACCUAACUGCAGCGGACCUCUUGGUUACCUUCAUUGUGAUGCCGGUGGAUGCUGUGUGGAACAUCACGGUUCAGUGGCUGGCGGGUGACUUGGCCUGCAGAUUCCUUAUGUUCCUCAAGCUACAGGCCAUGUACUCCUGCGCUUUUGUUACAGUGGUGAUAAGUCUGGACAGACAGUCAGCUAUCCUCUACCCCCUGGCCAUCAGCAUGGCCCCGAAGAGGAACAGGAUCAUGCUAACGGUGGCGUGGACUAUGAGCGCCUUGCUCUCAAUCCCUCAGAUGUUCAUUUUCCAUAAGGUGACCAUUACCUAUCCAGCAGACUUUACCCAGUGCACCACACGAGGAAGCUUCAUCACUCACUGGCAUGAAACAGCUUACAACAUGUUUACCUUCUCCUGCCUCUUCCUGCUGCCACUGGCCAUUAUGAUCAUCUGCUACACCAGGAUCUUCAUCCAUAUCUCCAACAAGAUGACAAAGAGGAACUUGUCUGCCGAUGAACCACAUCUCCGUUGCUCCAAGAACAACAUCCCCAAAGCCCGAAUGAGAACUUUGAAAAUGAGCAUUGUCAUAGUGAUUUGCUUCAUUGUGUGCUGGACUCCAUAUUACCUGUUGGGCCUGUGGUACUGGUUCUUUCCCGAUGACCUUGAGGGAAAAGUUUCUCACUCACUCACUCACAUCCUCUUCAUCUUUGGGCUUUUCAACACCUGCCUGGACCCCAUCAUCUAUGGCCUGUUCACCAUACGCUUCUACAGGGGCUUGAGAAACUGCUACCGCAAAGCCACCAUGUCUGGCCUGGAAACCAACGCAGUGAUGACCAAGUCUAUGAAAUAUACUCCAGCUGCUUUACCCUCUGAAGGAGUGAUGGCCAUGGGACAAAAGGACAGCAGCUGUGGACAGACUGAACUAAAAUCUACUGACAGCAGUGUCUGAUUGCAUUCAGUCACAGAGGAGGAAGGCGUAUCAUUUCAGCGCAGGGAGCAAAGUAUGGUGAGGAAAAUAAUGAGCAGGACAAGAGACUGAAUGCAGUAUAAUUUAAUUUUUAGGUGGCGUUAUUUUUUCCCCAAUAUAGGCAUACUUGUAUCACAGUCACACCAAAUGUCUCUGUAAAUGCUCCAUAAAUCAUUGUAGACUAGCAUAUUUGUUUUGAUGUGUCUUCAUGCCAAUGGCAACUGAGGCUGUCUCCUUAGUUCAGGCUUACAUACAGUAAUCCUUUUAAUGCACAUGCUGUUUAAAAAACAACUUGGUGAGUUUGCUUGGUUUCCACUUUAAAUAUGCUGUGUGCAUGACAUACACUUUCUGUGUCUGCAAAAAGUUUUAGAUGAUGAUUGCCUGAUAGCAUAGACGGCACAAUCUUACUGACUGUAAAUAAAAAAAGGUGAUACAUCC